UCAUUGAUCAUCACUCACCAGCAAAUGACAGCAGGCACAAAGGAUUUAAGAAAAGACAAGCUCAGCAGGAGCAAGGCCAGGUUGGGGCCACCCCUUCCACCCCCAAGAUGUGCAGUCUCCCAUCCAGACUCCCCAGCUUGGAGAAAAGAUGACCCCUGCCCAUCUCCUCUGUCUGCCCCAGGGACCUGGAGACGCAGGCAUCCCCUCCCAGAAGCCCAGGAGGAGGAGGAAGAAGAGGAGGAUAAAUAUGAGCUGCCCCCCUGUAAGGCUCUGCUCCGCCACCUAGCCCCCGCCCACCUUCCUGGCACUGAGGAGGACUCUUUGUACUUGGAUCACUCUGGCCCCCUGAGCCCUCCCAUGUUACCACCACCACCGCCACCACCGCCACCGCAGCCCCAGCCGGAGGUGAUGAACAACCUCCCCACCUGCCCCACCCCAGGCUACCAUCUCCCACCCAAGGCAGCGUGGAGCCCGCCGGAGGCCACAAAGCAGAGCUGGCCCUUUGGGAGGCGAGAGCUGGGUGCACCAGACCGGGCGGUGCCGGGCCCAGGAAAGCAGCCCGAGGAGGACAUAUACCUAGAUUGUGAGCCCAGUCCAGUCCCGGCCUUGCCUCACACUCUGAGCUCCCCAGUCCUGAGGCCCCCAGUCCCUCUACCAAGGACAUCAGUGGGGCCCAGGCCCACCACAGCCCCCCAUGAAGCUCGGAAUGGAGCGUCGAAUGCCACCUCUAAAGGGUCUGCACCAAAUCAGGAAGCUCCCAACCUGUACCUUAAAAUCACUCCUCACUUGGAGGUCACGCGUGGCCUAGCCGGAAGGAGAGCCUCUCUUUGCUCUGUAGCUGCCACCCAGAAUGCCUCAGCUGCCGAGGAAGGCGAUCUGCUGGGCCAGCCUUGGUACUCAGGGAACUGUGACCGCCACGCUGUUGAGAGUGCCCUGCUCCGACGCCAAAAGGACGGGGCCUACACCGUGCGCCCCAGCUCAGGCCCUCGUGGUUCUCAGCCCUUCACCCUGGCAGUACUUCUCCACGGCCGGGUCUUCAACAUUCCCAUCCGCCGGCUGGAUGGCGGGCGCCACUACGCCCUGGGCCGGGAAGGCAGGAACCACGAGGAGCUCUUCUCCUCCGUGGCCGCCAUGGUCCAGCACUACCUGCAGCACCCCCUACCGCUCGUGGACAGACACAGCGGCAGCCGGCAGCUCACCUGCCUGCUCUUCCCCACCAAGCCCUGACGCCACAGCGCACGUGCACCCCGGCCUCUGGUUCCAUAGUUUGCUCCUCGGGCUGUCUCCCUCUCCUCUCCCAGGUCUCCACCCCUCCAGCCCCCGCUCCCCAAUCCUGUGCCCCAGUCCCUGCAGGCCUCCCUGAGAGCCAUUGGGAAGGGUCGCCCAGAGACAGAAAGGGUCCCUAAGAUCCCACCCCAUGCUCACCCAGAGCCUGGCACUGCCACUCCCUGCUGCACCUCCAAGACUGGAAAGCAGGGGACAGGCAGGGCCUCCAUUCCCGGCCCCCAGGCGUGGCCUCCCAAGCUGCUCUGAAUGAAGGCCUCCUCUGGGAAGCUGAGCCUCAGGGGGAUAGUAAGGGCACUGCUCCUACACAAAGAGAAUCCUCUCACAUUUUGGAGGAGGCUUAACACGGGGCUGGCAUCUGGAAGGAAUUUGGUCGCCCUGAACAUAGUUUGCUUUCAAUAAAUA